UUAAAAAAUUAAAAAAGUAAACAGGGAACACAGGCUUCUCAACAGUACCUUUGGAAAACUUCUGGCACAGAAACGGCCAAGUAGAGAAAGCUCCAGAAGAGAAGAACAUCUCUUUCUGUCCUGCGGUUCUCUCUCACCUCUUCAGUCUGCACUCAACUGUUUUUGUUUUUUGUUCUUUCUGGUUCUGUAAAUGGUCCGGGUUGCAGGCGGGUCUAUUCUCCAGGAGUCUCAAAUUUCCUCAUUCCAUACUUAUCCCUCUUCAGUCCCUCAGUUUUGUUCUUCGAUAUAACAAAACCACAAACAAACCUACUGCUCUUUAUCAGCUGGGAAGCUUAUCUGUGGGACACAUGCCUUGAGUAUGAAGAUAGUCAUCAAGGUCAUGAGACAACCCAUCCUCACUGACCAUCUGGAGCACACGGCGAGAGGAAGCCCACCAAGGCUCAUCGUAACAGCAUUCUUCACGGGUGGCUCGCUCAGCUCAUGAAAAAAUGGACACAGAAAGUAGUAGCAGGGCAGGUCUUGCUUUCCCAAUGUCACAAAGCCCCUCCAGCGUGCCCCAGAUCGAACUUUCGGAAGUAUCUCUCCAUGAUAACGCCUUACGGGAGGAGGCUGCCUCAGCUCCACCAAGCCGUACCUGGCUGAGGUUUUUGAGGAGGGAGCUGGAAUUCCUGGGGGUAACACAAAUUCUGAUUGCUUUGAUAUGUCUUUGUUUUGGAAUAAUCGUCUGCUCUGCGAUCAAUGCUUCCGAAUUUAAGGAAGAUUUUUUUUCAUCAUUUAAAGCAGGCUACCCAUUCUGGGGUGCAAUGUUUUUUGCUAUUUCCGGAUUUUUUCCAAUUCUGUCUGAAAAGAAAUAUGCCAUAUAUCUGGUGUGGGGAAGCCUGGGAGCAAACACCGUCAGCAGCAUUGUUGCAGGAAUAGGAAUCUUCAUCCUGACCAUCAACUUGAAGAGUUGCUGGCCUCAUAUCUACAACUGCCCGGAAGCUCGUGGAAUUGACUUCUGCUUUGUGGCUUGGUUUUCCACCGAGAUCGUGGCAAUGAUCCUGUUUCUCACCGUCCUGGGGUUUUGUAGUGCUGUGUCACUCAUGAUCUAUGGUCUUGGAGAAGUAUUCCAGGAAAAGAAGAUUCCAGAAGAUCGUCUUUAUGAAGAAUUAAACAUAUAUUCGCCAAUUUACAGUGAGUUGGAAGACAAAGGGGAGACAUCUCCAGCUGAUUCAUAAGAAUUAUGUGUUCAGAACAUUCUGACUCACAGCAAAAGGUCUAGAAAAAAACCAAGAUCUUUGUUUAAGGGGCUACCGACAAAAUUUCAAUUCUCUCUAUGGUCUGCCAGUUUUACAUUAAGAUUUGUUCUCAAGAUGGUAAUACUCUAUCUGUUGUUUCUGCUCACCUAGAUUCCCCCUGCCUCACCCAUUUUUAGAUAUGAUUGACUCCCAUUUUUCUUGUUUUCUGCCUCACCCAUUUUUAGAUAUGAUUGACUCCUAUUUUUUUUGUUUUCUAUUGCUGUCUCUACCUACUUUUGUGGGAAGUCAACAAAUAAUCAGUUAGCAUUUACUCUGAAACAAGAGGAAGUCUGAUUGAGACAUGAGUUAAACUUUGACAGUUCGGUCAUGUUUGGUUCUUAGCCCUUUUCAGAGUUUGUAAGGGCUACAGAUGUGCAUGAUAUAUGUCCCCCUACUGGACUGUAAACACCUAAAGGACAAAGCCCAUUCAGCAAAUGUAUACUGAGGACCAAAUAAGUGUUCUAAGUUUUCCACACUUGUCUCUUUCACUUCAUGUUUCCCAGUUUCCUAUAUCAUGGGAGCUCAAAGUGUAUUUAUGGAGUGGAUGGGGGAACAUUCUGAGAAGAUAUACCACUGGGUCAGGUGCCAGGUUGAGUUGCGAAGAAGAAAGAAAUUCCUUUAAGGUGAAUUUGGAGGUGAGAAGGAGGCCAAUUGGCAGAUAAUUAGCAAUAGGAGUAUUGUCAGAUGGAAAUUUGAAAAGAAUUCUAUUCUAUUAAUCAUUUUGGUGGAUGCUUAUCACAUCAGCUUAGCAAUGGAUGCUUUCUGCUUAUGUUUGAUCUUAUGUGGAGAGUCCAACAUGGAAUGUUAGAAGGAUCACAGAUCUUAGAAAGCGCAUUGGAAUCCCAGGCCUAUUGCUUAUUAGUUGAGUGGGUUGUGGGAAGUUAUUUAAUUUUUUUUUUUUUUUACUUAACCUGGUUUUUCUCAUAUGUAAAAUUAAGACAUUAGGAAUAACUUACCUGCCAGGAUUAAAGGUCUAUUGUGGGAACACACACACACACACACACACACACUUAAAACUAACUCAAAUGGCCCCACUCUCUAAUUCCACUUCAAUUUUCUCUCUUAAAUACACUGUUUGACCAUCUCACAUCAGCACCCCAACUUGAAAUGUUCUGUCAUCUCUUCUGUGCUUGCUUGAAUUUCUUCUUUCUUCAAUCCCUACUUUAAGUCCCUCCUCAUUCUUUAAGGUUUUCCAGUCAAAAUUGUUCUUUUCUCUAAAUGAUAAUUUUUUUUCAAACCAAAUACACACACACACCUUACACUAUAUAUAACUUCCACAUGCAAAUAUUUUUUUUUAAUUUUUUUUUCCAACGUUUAUUUAUUUUGGGG